CUUUGCUUUUGUACGUUACACGAUGAAAGGAAGCACUCUGAAGGCUAUUUCAGAGAUGAAUCAUAUGAGACUACAAGGUAAGAUAGUAUCACUAGGAGAAGCUAAAUUUAGAAGGCUUCCACAUGGGAAGAAGCGUCUGAUGCAUGUAGAGCCGAGAGUUCAACAUGAGGAGGAACCUAAGAAAUCUGUUAGUGGGAAAGAGGUGGUGAUCGCACAAGAGGUGGAAGUGACGAAGAAUGAUAUGCAAGUAGCUGACCAACAUGGGAGUGGGUGGAGGAAGAGGGUUGAAGUGUCAAUAGCGGAAGAGAAUAUGGAUUGGUUAGUGCGGAGCUUAGUAGAAAGUACUUUGAAACCUAUAGGCCUCCAAUCGUUGAAAAUGGCAAUUUGCAAAAAUAUACCUCAAGUUGUGGAAGUCAGAGAAAUAGGUGCUUGCAAAGUGUUAGUGACUUUUGAUACUACGAAGCAUGCAGCCGAGACGUUUACCUUUAAACUGGAUAGGAUGUUGCAAUUUUUUCAUAAGGUCCGGAGGUGGGAGGAGUCCGAAUGGUGUGAGACUCGAAGAGUUUGGUUGGAGUGCUAUGGAGUGCCUUUACAUGUCUGGUCAUCAGAAACGUUUAAAAUCAUAGGAAGACUUUGGGGAGAUGUGGUUAUGUGUGAGGUAGACACAAAAGCAAGAUCAUCUCUUAUAACUGGAUGGGUUCAAGUUGAUACAUGCGUUUUUGACGUCAUUAGAGAUUGGAUUCACAUCUCGGUUGGUAUUAGUGGUUUUGAUAUCUUUGUGAAAGAGGUAGGUUUUGAUGUAUGUGAUAUAGAAAGUACGAUGCGAGGCUAAGUUGAUUGUACUAUGGUCGGAAUGUCUGGUUCUGAUGGUAGUAGUCUGACGAAGGGAACAGUAUCGUAGGAUCCAGCGGCUGACCUGAUGGUUUUGGAUACAAAGGUGAUCGAUGAUGAGAAGGAUAGAAUGGCCAUUCAAGAGGUGUUUUUGAAUGAUUUAAAUUUUAAUUAUUCAAAUUUGAAUAAUACAUUUAAGAUGAUUGAUUCUGUUAGCUACACCAAGAAAAAUGAAAAGGAGGAUUAUAGGGGAUAUAACUUGAAUGAGGAGGUGGGGUCAGAGAGAACAGUUACGCAAGGUUUUGACGUGUGUGGAGGUGGGGUUGUUCAUGGGGAUACAAGGAAUUGUGGCUUCCAACAAAUGGGCUACUCUUUUAAGUGCACAUCUAAUUUAUGUAAAGGUGGGUGUGAAUUGGGCUUGGGGGUAAGUGGCCUAAUACUAAAAAGAAUGACACAUGGGCCUUGGUCUAGUGGGAUCCAGCAAGUGGAAUGGGAGAAUGAGGAAGGGGCUGAAACGGGCUGGAUGUUGGGCCAAGAGGUUGACGGGUUACACAAUGUGGAUAGGGUGGAUUUGGUGGGAGCUGAACCGGGGCAGGCUAGAGGGUCGCGAGUCACAAAGAAACCUGAAAGAGAAAGCUUGCGCAAUAGGGCGCCGCUUAUGCAGGACGUGCGAGGCUGCCCAGCAACUCCCGGUUCUCAUGCUGGCGCUACGGGGACGGAUGAGCCACUCGAACAGGGACCUUGGGCAGCUGCUGUUCGAGGAUCAAUGGCUGAUUUGAUGUUGUUGAUGGAGGUACGGUGGCGUUGCGGCUGGAGGGGGUGACAAUCCUGGGUUCGGCAGCAAGGACACCGGAGCCGAAGGAACCGGAAGGAGAUGAGGAGGUUUGUCUCUCUUGUGGAAAUGGUUCGGGGAUCUUGGCACAAGUGGGUGUACGUGGGGCUCAAAGAGCUUCGGAACUGGUCACAUGUAUAGUUACAGAUAUAAAAGAUGUUGCCGAUGGAGAGAGAAGGUUUGCGGCUAAUGCUGGAUCUGAUACAAAGGCAAAGCGACGGAACGAUGUAGAGGAGGUCAGCAUAACGGAACAAGAUCAGCUAAAGGAAAAUGAGGACACUUGGGCUUUGGCAGUGGAGUCGGGGGCUGUGUUAUAUGACGAAGAAGUGGAUAUUAUGACAAUUUUACAAGCGCAGCAUGAAGAACUAGCGGUGAAGAGAAAGAUGGCGAUACAAAAAGAAAAAGCACGAAGGAGUCGGCCUAAAAAUCACAAUAAGUGAUCUGGAAUAUCUGGUGAGAACGUAAUGACAGAGUUUUUAAGAAUAAAGAAGCAGGUGUUGAGGUUAUACAAGAAAUGACGUUUUUGAGCUAUAAGGAGCGGGUUGAUAAUAAAGCUCUUGGUUGUUGAUGACAAUACCGAAAAUGAUAGGGAUUGAUAACCGUUAUACUUGGAUUUGCUUAAUUUUUUUUUUGAGUCUGUUUGUUUGCUGCUCCACUUUAGUGUGUUGAGCUU